AUGGACUGCGGGAGUACUGGCACCGCUGCGGGCAUUGACCCCAAAAUCCUCGAGACCUGGCAAACUGACAACUUUCCUAUUUCUGCGUACGAGCAUCCGGGCUACGAGCAACCGCAGGAGUGGGAUACGAGCCAAGAUUCCAGCCAGGGCGAUGCCGAUAUCGUUGAGAUAAAUGGGCCUCAUGGCUCCCUCUCGCGGGACCAGUCCACAGUCUCGAUUAUCGGACAGCUGGACGACUAUCAGGGCAGUGACUACAGUAAACAACCAGGAACCUCCACCCCCGACAAAUUCAGCAUAGUAGAUGGCACAAUCUCUGGCACUGUCAGUGCCACUAUCAGCCCUAGAACGCUGCCUUCCUCCGCCGAUGACAACUUCCAGCUGGAUGAGUCAUGGCCGCCUUACCACCACCUGUUCAACGCCAUUUCGGUUGGCAUUCCCGGCGAACCUGGUCUCCUUUAUCCAUACGCCAAGGAGCCUGUCGCCUCCACCAACACCGUCAUUGUCGAAGAUUCUGGAGACCUGUCUCAGGGACAAGGAUUUUCAGAUGUUGCCUCCGAUCAGUUCGGGCCGUUCCAGCCACUGCCGCCGUCGUUUUCCUUCCCCCCACCGGAAUACUGGUCUGAACAGCCCGCCGCCAUUGCUGAAAACAUUUCCCGCCAGAGUCCGAUGUCGCUCGCAAUGGGCUCGCAGUCAGCGACUAAGGGAAUGCGCAGCUAUCACGGGCAUGUACGGUCUCUGGAUUCACGCUGGCUAGAUAGCUUGGAGGCUCAGUUACCAAGCAACAUGACCUCCCCUGCGUCAAUGACGAUGCCGCAGGAGUCCCCCUACUUCAAAGAAGAACCCAAAAAUCAAGACGGAUUUCAGUACAAGUCGGAGAGCUCCUCAGUGUCUGGGGAUUUCUCCACCAUGUACGACCCUUACUCGGUCACAACGGACGGCAUCCCCGCUUUUGCCGACCGACAGUUGGAUGAUGAAUGGAAGGAUGCGCGAAAUGAUGGUUCACCAUCCGACGCAGCGCAACCCCUGCAGAACGCUACUGCUUUCAUGGUCAGCGAGAACCCGGCGGAAUCCUACUACGUUCCGGUCGAUUCUCGGCCGAGAGCGUCCUCUGCCACUCAGCGAGCGCCUGCACGCCCACAGGCUCUAUCUAUGCAGUCGGUCGCUACGGUUCGAAAGCGCAAGCAGCGCAACCUUAGUGUGAACCUGGAUCAGGCACAACCCAAACCACUGCAGAUUGUGCAAGAGGAUGGCCAGGGCGGUUCGAUUGCCUCCGCUGACUUCAUUUCUCCGCCUCGUGGAGCGCGCCGUAAGGGGCCUCUGUCUAUGGUCGGAAGGGCAAAUGCUGGCUUGCGAAGAAAGAACAAGGACACGUGUGUCCAGUGCCGAUUAAACAAGCGCAAGUGCGAUGGGAAUGCUCCCUGCGAUGCGUGCCGCCCUACGCUGCAUGAACAGCCUUGUGCUCGCGCCUGCUUUUCCAACAUCGUUGAGUAUGGUGUUUGCAAUUAUAUCUCUCAACGAGCGGUCAACCACCCCACCCUGGAUGGCUCAAGGCGAGUGCGGAUGGAGAUUCCUUCCGAAUUCGAUCUGAAUGAUUUGAUUUCAUUCCUCGGCGAACGCCAAGGCCGGUUCAACAUCCGUGCCAGCCAGUCCUGGGGAUCUCUCUAUACCCUGGAUUUGGCGGAGACCUAUCGGUUUUUGCGUGGCUUGAGCGAGUAUAAUGGCAACUCGAAGUCGACCUUCCUUGAAUUUGUUGACCGACGACUCGUCGAGUCGAAGGACAAAUCGAAGAAUUGGCUCACGUGCGUGAAGGACUGUGAUCCAAUGGCCAACACUUAUACUCUUCUCGCGAAAUGGAACAACAUGCCUAGCCGUGCGAGCUACAGCUUUGUUCCUCUUCAGGCGGGUGGCGCCGAGAGACCAAUGAACAUUGACGACGCUGAAGAUAGGCGAGAAAUUCUCAUGGCGGCCCAGUUGUCGCGCAUCAUCUGCCGUAUGCUUGAAGUUGAGGGAUUCCGCAAACUGGAACGUGACUUCUACAACAUUAAGUGGAAGCAGAUCUCUCAGGAUACGCACCUGCGAUUCCUUAACGAACUCGGCCACAUACUGCUGACUCUGCGUUGGCGCAUGUCUUGGUGGAAGCAACUCGGAGAUGGGGGUCGCGAACCUGACCCCAGCAAACAGCACUACGUCGAUCGGGUUCAUCUGCUGUGCAGGAUCCUUUACGUUUACUACACCUGUGUGAUGGCGAAGCUUCCUUCGUGGUCCGCCUCGGAGGUGCCCAAGGGGACGUGGUCUACGUAUGCGGACUCGGAGAACCCUGUUUGGGAUGAUUUCCCUAGCGAUCCCACUGACGACGGCUUUGCUCGCUGGGUUGAGCACGGGCAAGAGCUGAUCGAGCAGUCGGGGGCUCCGAUCCGGAUGUCGAAGAUGUGA